GUGGCAGUAAAAUUUUCUGUGAAGUCACCAAAGAUGUCUUAUAUCAGAGUGCCUGGUCAUCCCGAAGCCAUCCCGAUGGAGAUAGCUCUGACUCUCACGGCCAAUAAAAGCCCCAGACCUCCCGAGAUCAUAAAACUUCUGGACUGGGAGGACAACGAAGACCACUAUACCAUGGUCAUGGAGCGGCCCAUGCCCUGCGUGGAUUUAAAGACUUUUGUUAAGCUCCACGGAGAGCGCCUCGAUGAGGUCACCGCCAAAAAGAUCAUGUGGCAGGUCAUCGAAGCCGCUAACAGCUGUAUCAAGCGUGGAGUCUUUCACCGGGACAUAAAAUUGGAAAACCUCCUGGUAAACCCAGACAACAUGGAGGUGAAAUUAAUUGACUUUGGUUGUGGUGCGCAAAUGCAGAGAUAUGGCUAUAAAGUCUUCAGUGGCACAAAACUGUACUGUCCACCAGAGGUCACCGUGAAAGGCAGAUACCAUGCGAAGCCUACAACAGUGUGGUCGCUAGGAAUCCUCCUGUUCUUGAUGGCCUGUGGGUAUUAUCCCACAGAAUACGACCUCCAUCUGAUCAGUAAGAGGAGCUGGACCAGACCUGGCCUGUCACAAGAAUGCUGCCAGAUCAUAGCUUCGUGUUUGCAGUCUGAUCCAAAGCGGAGGAUCAAUCUGGAGAAGAUGCUUCUCCAUGAUUGGUUUAAGCAGGUCGUGGAGUAAUACAUGAAGAACUGUCACAACAGCUGUCACAUAUGUGGCUUUCCUGUCCCUCCAUCCACGCCUUGGCGCCUCGACUUGGACCAGCAAUACUUUACAAUAAUAUUUAAAGAUACUUAGUUAAAGAUAUACUACUAUUCUUAUUCAAUACU